AUGGCGGCCAUGGCUACAACCAUCACCUCCUCUCUCGCCAAAUCCUCCUUCCACGGCGCGCAGAUCCGCUCACGCGCCGCCCUCCCAACCAGAUCCGCCACUCAUAACCUCUCCGUCGCGGCGUCGAUGUUGGCGUCCUCCUCCCCGUCUCCUGAUACGCCGUAUGACCUCAGCACCUUUCAAUUCCGGCCGAUCAAGGAGUCGAUCGUCGCCCGGGAGAUGACCCGCCGGUACAUGACCGACAUGAUCACCUACGCCGACACAGACGUCGUCAUCGUCGGCGCCGGAUCCGCCGGCCUCUCCUGCGCCUACGAGCUCAGUAAGAACCCCGACAUCAGCGUCGCCAUUAUCGAGCAGUCCGUCAGCCCCGGCGGCGGCGCGUGGCUUGGCGGCCAGCUGUUCUCCGCCAUGGUCGUCCGCAAGCCGGCGCACCUCUUCCUCGACGAGAUCGGCGUGGCCUACGACGAGCAGGAGGACUACGUCGUAAUCAAGCACGCUGCCCUCUUCACCUCCACCAUCAUGAGCCGCCUCCUCGCCCGCCCCAACGUCAAGCUGUUCAACGCUGUGGCCGCCGAGGACCUGAUCGUGAAGUCCGGCAGGGUCGCCGGCGUCGUCACCAACUGGGCGCUGGUCUCGAUGAACCACGACACACAGUCGUGUAUGGAUCCGAACGUGAUGGAGGCUAAGGUGGUCGUGAGCUCGUGCGGCCACGACGGGCCGUUCGGGGCCACCGGUGUCAAGCGGCUCAGGAGCAUAGGGAUGAUUGAGAGCGUGCCCGGGAUGAAGGCGCUCGACAUGAACGCAGCCGAGGAUGCCAUCGUCCGCCUCACACGGGAGAUUGUUCCGGGGAUGAUCGUCACCGGAAUGGAGGUCGCCGAGAUCGACGGGUCACCAAGAAUGGGGCCGACGUUUGGGGCGAUGAUGAUCUCAGGUCAGAAAGCGGCCCAUUUAGCGCUGAGGGCUUUGGGCCAACCGAAUGCGUUGGACAAUGGGUCUUACAGCAAUGAGAAAGAGGCCCAGCCGGAAUUCACCCUGGCCUCAGCCGAGGUUGAUGAGGUCGUCGAUGUGUAG